GCGGUCCGUCACGUGACACCAAUCUUUGAGAAGAAAAAAAAAAAGAGGGAAAGUCAAGCAAUUUCCGCAUCAACACAGUACGUGUGAUAUUUAAUCCUGUCCAGGCGGAGCCAAGGCAAGGAAACAAUGCAGAGGAACAGUAGGUUGAAGCGGGAGCUGCAGCUGCUGAGCACCGAGCCGCCGCCGGGGGUAUCCUGUUGGCAGAGCGACGACAACACCGGGGAGCUGAAGGCGCAAAUAGUGGGUGGUGUGGACACUCCUUAUGAAGGUGGUGUGUUUACUCUUGAGAUAACUAUCCCGGAAAGGUAUCCCUUUGAACCUCCAAAAAUUCGGUUCCUCACACCGAUCUAUCACCCCAAUAUUGACAAUGGUGGACGUAUCUGUCUUGAUGCUCUCAAAUUACCACCAAAGGGAGCCUGGAGACCUUCCCUCAACAUCUCCACUGUGCUUUCCUCCAUCCAGCUGCUCAUGGCUGAGCCUAAUCCUGAUGACCCUCUCAUGGCAGACAUUUCUUCAGAAUACAAAUACAAUAGGCAUGUAUUUCUGGAGAAGGCAAAGAGGUGGACUGAGAAACAUGCCAUGCAACAGACCAAGGAGAUGGGAGAAAUGGAUACAGAGAACAAGCGGACUAAAUCGGCAGUGCUAUCACACAAGAGGGAAGCACUAAGCUCAGAAGUGCAGAACUCAAAGAAGACAUGCUUCUAGACUUCUCGUUUGGCCAGUUGUCUGGUGCUUGUAUAAAUGUUUUUUCUUAAAUCACACUAUUGAUGUCUUAUUGUUUUGAAUUAAACUUCACUUUC